UCGCGCCAGGCAAAUGCAUUUGCCGGUAGAAGAGUAUUUCGCUAGUGAAUUUACUUGGCACUUUUUUAUAUUUGUGGUGGUUAACAUUUGUUCAUUCACCUUAGGUUUUUUUUGUUCUUGAAACGACUUGGAUAACAAAAAUACUUUUGUUCAUAGUUUUGCAGAUGACUUUUCGUAUAAUUGUUUUACCCGGGGAAUAAACAUUUUUUAUGAGGCGUAUUUGGAUGUGAAUCCGCCCUGAGCUUUUGAAACUGACCGCCCUCUACAGGUGUUGAAUUACAGAGUUGGAAAAAAUAUAGAUGAAAUGGCUUCCCAACUGAAAAAGGAAGCAGUUCUCUUUGUUGGUGAAGGAGAUUUUUCAUUUGCAGCUAGUUACAUUGCAUGUGAUGCUGGACUUAAUGAAGAAAUUUAUGCCACUUGCUUGAAUGGUUUGGAACAAACAGAGAACAUUCAAAAGAUUCAAGAAUUUGGUGGACAUGUAUAUACUGAUGUUGAUGCAACAAGUCUUCAUUGUCAUCCACUGUUAAAGUAUAUUUAUUUCACAAAAAUUAUUUUUAACUUUCCUCAUGUGAAGAAAAAAAUGAAUAUUCGAGACAAUAGAAAACUCUUGCAAGAAUUCUUUUGCAGUGCAAGAAAACAGCUGAAAGAAAAUGGCAAAAUUAUAGUUACGUUAUGUCAAGGACAAGGAGGCACAGAGUUUGAAUUUGUAAAAAGAGAAUGGUGCAAUACAUGGCAAAUCUGCAAUAUGGCAGCAUCUGCUUCUUUAAUACUAGUUCAAGUUUUGCCAUUUGAUCCAAACAAUUUUUUGAAUUACAAAUGCACUGGUUACAGAGGACUUAAUAAACCUUUCAAUAUCAGUGGUGCAUUGACUCAUUUUUUCUGUCUUGCUCCGGGUGCUGAGCUUGAAGUGAGGGAAAUAAAAAUUGAAGAAGAUAUUGAAAAAUAUUAUCUUCAAAAUUGCAAGGAAUUAUUUCUAAAGUUCAGCAUGAACAUGGAUGGACCAUUCUCUCCUUCUAAUAAAAUAAUAUCAUUUUUAAUGAAAAUGGUAUCUCAAAACUUAGUUUUUUCUCCUGAAACAACUGUGUCGACAUUGUUAACAUGUACCGAUUUUGUGUCAGUAGGUGAAACAAGUGUUAGUCAAGUUCAGAAGUGUGCAAAAGUUGCAAGCAGCAAUAUUUGCACUUCAUGCUUAAAAUGUUUAGCUGAACUAUAUGUGCAGAAUGGCUAUUUUGAUACACAGGCCAUUUCGUCAUACAUUUGCAGCAUUUGUUGCAGCAAAUAUUUUGAUGUGUUCAAGCUUCCAUUUUACAAGAGUGUCACAUACUUUUCUCGUAGCAAAAAUUCACUUUUUACAUUUUACAAUUUAAUAAAAGAACAGCUAAAAAAGUUGUUUGAUCCUCAUUUAAAUGAUGGUGUUUACAAAGAUCAAAAGUCAGCACAUGAAUUACAUAGUAAUAGAACUAUUGAAGCUCCUUUUAAAUAUGUUCUUGAAGAUAUGCUUGUGAAGCAAAUUGUGACUGUGUAUGCAAGUUAUUCUUUAAAAAAAUAUAAUGGCCUUACCUUCUAUUGUGACAUUAAUAUUAUAGAUUCAAAUUUGUGUCAAGCAGCUGAAUGCAGCAACAUUACCAGUGUAGAAAUUGGUUCCAUUUUCCUGUUUGAACAUAAAUUGCUGUCUAAGUUUUGGUGUUUCAACCUAAACAUUGAUCUGAUUGCUUGCUUAAAAUUUAAUAUUUUAGAUGAAAGAAUGUUAUUUUAUGAGGGCUCCUAUUUUACAUGCACAUUUAAUAAAAUUUCACAGCUGAUCUACAGGUGUAAAAGUAUUUCUCCUCCUAUUUUUGUACAUGAUACCAGCUUUUGGGUUGAAGAUGACUUUUGCGAAAGAAAGUUACUUUUAUUAAUAAGAAGCAUUUCCCACCUUCUAAUAAAGAAGGCUGUGCUAGUUGAUUCAUAUUACCAAGAAAGUGAAAAAAGGUUUUCAAAGUGUUAUAGAUUCCACUACCAAUCAUGCAAUAAUGCUUUGUCCAAAGAAAAAGCUAAUGACAUUCACACUAAAAUAAUAAGAAAAGCUUUGUCUCGGGUGCUAAAACUUAGUUUACGAUAACUGAUGCUGAAGUUUUCCUGCCUGAUAUUUCUUUUCAUUUUCACACGAAAAUUUUUUUUGUUUUUUGCCAAACGAAACUUUAUACGCAUUCUAAAAUUAUUUUUAACUGCUACAAACCAGCAAAGCCUCGAGAUUGAAUGCAACAAAAAAUCGUUAAAAUUUGUAAAACUACCUCAAAUCAGAUAUGCUUCUUUUCAUUAUUUUUUAAUUUACUCAAAAGUUCUUAUGAUCAUGUUGGUAAUUAUUAAUACUAUUUUAAUAUUUUGUUUCAUACAGCUGAUGAUCUCAAUAUUUUUGCAACUGUGUUUGGAAUUGGAAUAUAUAUAUAUAUAUAUAUAUAUAUAUAUAUAUAUAUUCAAUUGAUGAAUUCAAUUGAUUUCUUUCUUUCUGAUAAUUACAGGAAACCUUAUUUUUCUUCACUUAAUGAACUUUUCACCAGUGUUUAAAUUGUUAUUGAAAAAGCAAGCACACCCUUUUUGGAAAGUAUUUUUGAAUGAGUUAAAAACUAGAUACUGGUUGGUUAUAAAAUGAGUAUCUCUAUUUGAAGCAAUCUGUAGCAUGAAGCAGAUUGCACCAACAGGUGGUGCUUUUUAAUUUAUAAUGUGCAAUACAAGAAGAAAGAAUUUGCAUGUAAAGCUGGGUUUUUUUCAUUUAAAAGUGCUACAGGCAUAUUACGCUUCUGCAUGGUGGUGCCGAUCAAGUUCAAGUUUUUUGACUUGACCGUUGAGCUUGAGGACACAAUCCACGCAGUGCACAACAUCUUCAACUGGGAAUGCAAGACAUCUGGAUUGAUGUUUGUUGUUAUAGAUUCACAUUUUUUUAAUAACAUUAAUUUCCCAAAAAGUGACUUCCAGACAAAUUUGAUUAUUUUACUGUUUAUUGGUAAAAAGAUGACUUUUUGUCAACUAUGAAUAUUGAAGGCUCAUCUAUCAUCCAAAGGACCAAAUACAAACACUGUAUGAAGUGUAUGUAGUUUUUAUUUAUUUUGCUAGUGAUGUAUAUAUAUUGUGAUUAAUAAUGAACUUUCUACUAUAAAAGUAACUAAUAAUGACUUAUUUGAGAGAACAAAAUGAUGUCUGUUAAUCAAUGAUGGCGAUAAAGCACCUAAGAUGAUUAAGCUUUACUGACGACAAAUCUCCAACGACAAUAAUGAGGGCUUUCCCGAGUGAAAACCUUAGAACAGGAAUUAGUAAAUGAACCAUUGGCUAAGCAAAAGCUAAGGCACAUAACUAUCUUUUUAUAACUAUCAUCCUCAAAUCUGGAGCAAUUUCAAAUACCUUUUAAAAGAAAAAAAAAUGAGUGUACCUUAUUGAAAAUCAUUCUGAGCGUUUUUUAUUUAAUGCAAAUUCCAAUACGAAAUAUGAUAGCAUUACUGAACCAAAACUGUUAUGUGAAAUACAGUCAUUUCCAGCCGAGGACUGCAGUUUCGUGCUUAUUAGCACUCAUCAGCCCGGCAUAGGAAAGUGACUGAGCUGGAGAUGGAAAACCUCUUAAGGAAGCCAAGAGUGUGAAACAAACUGGUAGCUAAUAUAGAAUUAGCAGACCAGAGGAGUGACCGAAGCAAUGGUUCGGUUCAUUGUAUUUCGCGUAUUUUUGAUUUAGCCCUGGCUAAUGGGUGGUAAUUUACUUAACAAAACUGUUAUGUUCAAAUAUAAAUUUGAUAAGAAGUAAUCAACAUAAAUUGUAAUAUUUUUAGUAAUUAUUUUUAUGUAAAGUGAUC